GUUUGGUUUUGCAGUCAAGUAAUUAAAGGACUGGUCUUUAAAAAGCAUGCUGCUCAUAAGCACAUGCAGACAAGGUACAAGAACCCUCGACUAUUGUUGAUUCAGGGCAUGCUUGGUCAUUCUUCAAGUGGGUUAUCAUCAUUUAAUUCAAUGGAUCAGGAGAAGGGUAAUCUGAAUUCUGUUCGUGAGAUGAUAGAUGUGUGUCGCCCGAAUGUAGUUUUAGUGGAGAAAACUGUUUCUCGUGAUGUGCAAGAGACUUUUCUUGAAAAAGGAGUGACACUAGUCUUUGAUAUGAAGCUCCAUCGCUUGGAACGAGUUGCUCGCUGUACUGGUUCACCAAUAAUGUCCCCUGGAACUUUAAUGAGCCAAAAGCUGAAACAUUGUGAUUCCUUUCAUUUUGAAAAAUUUGUGGAGGAACAUGCUAGUGUGGGUGAAGGUGGAAAAAAGCCAAGUAAGACCUUGAUGUUCAUUGAGGGCUGUCCUACACGGCAAGGUUGUACGAUUUUACUGAAAGGAACUCACAGUGAGGAAUUGAAGAGGGUUAAAUGUGUUAUGCAGUGUGCAGUUGUUAUGGCAUAUCAUUUAGUUUUAGAGACUUCUUUCCUUGUUGAUCAAAAAGCAAUGAUCUCUACUAUUCCUUUUGAUGGGUUAGCAAAUCUAGCGCCAACUAAUACACGAUUCCCUGUUGUUGGCUCUGGUAAUUCAAGCGCCUCUUGUCUUGAGGAGCCUAUUGCCAAAGAUGAUGCAUUAUGCUUGAGUGAUGUUCCUGUUUCAAAUGGAUUCCUUGAAGGAGUGUCCACCCUAAAUUUGGAAUUAGAAGGUGAUUCUUCAUUAUCUUAUGAGCCAUAUAACCCAGUUGUUCUUUCGGGGUUAUCGUCUCUUUCAGCCUCCAUAAAGAAAGUUAUAGGGGACAAUUUCCCUAUUGUAUCCUCAACUCCUUAUCACUCGCUAUCUUCAUACUUUGGCUUAAAUGGAAAGGAACACCACAAUAAGAUCAUGACGUCAGUUCCAGUUUUGAAAUCUCCAGAGGCAUUUGAAAAUUGUGAUAUUGAAGCAAAAAGUGGUUCUGAUGAAGAGAAGUCACAUGAUAGCGAAAGACCACUGUCACCCUUGGCUUGCUCUGAUGUUCCUUUGAAUGACGUAAAAUCUGGUGGCAAAAAUGAAGACCAAAUGCAAAGUAAGGAUGACAUUAGCACAGUUUUGGACUCCCAGAGCAUUUUGGUUCUGAUGUCUAGUCGGAAUGCAUCAAAAGGGAGGAUUUGUGAGCAAAGCCAUUUUUCUCAUAUCAAGUUCUACAGGAACUUCGAUGUUCCCCUUGGGAAAUUUUUGCAAGAUAAUUUACUCAAUCAGAAGCAUCAAUGCCCCACAUGUGGUGAACUGCCAGAAGCUCAUUUUUACUACUAUGCACAUUGCAAUAAGCAGCUUACCAUACAAGUUAAACAACUUCCCACCAAGUCAUGUUUGCCUGGGGAAGCAGAAGGAAAACUUUGGAUGUGGAGUCGCUGCGGUAAAUGUAAACCUGAAAAUGGAAUCACACAAUGUACAAAAAGAGUGUUGAUAUCCACUGCUGCUCGUGGGUUGUCCUUCGGAAAGUUUUUGGAGCUCAGUUUUUCACAGCUGUCUUCACCCAGUAGGGUAUCAAGCUGUGGGCAUUUUUUUCACAGGGACUUCCUCUACUUUUUUGGGUUAGGUCCCAUGGUUGCAGUGCUCAGAUAUUCUCCUGUCUCAACUUAUGCUGUAGCUGUACCUCCUCAUAAGCUGGAAUUCAGUAAUUCAAUUAGACAAGAAUCUCUCAAGAAGGAAAUGGAGAAUGUCUACAUGAAAGCGAUAUCACUGUUCACAGAGGUUGCAACUUUGAAGAAGAUAGCAUCUCGGUUUGCAGGCUCUACUCUGAAUCUUGGUGGCUCAUUGAAAGAAUUUUCUGAUGUUGAAGAGAUGUUAAGCCAGGAGAGAUAUGAAUUUGAGGUCAACAUUCAAAAAGCUAUUGUUAGGAAUGGGAAGCCAGAGCAGGCCAUUUAUAAACUUCUCAGCUUGAACAGAUUACUCUGGGAGCUUCAACUUGAAUCAUGCUUAUGGGAUCGGCGUUUGCAUACACUACUCUCGCCUGAUUCUUCAGUGGUUGGCACUAGUGCCACUCAUAAAGCAAUUCAAGGGCUUCUGAAGAAGGAUGGCAUUGCUGGUAAUGGAAUCCUGCGGGCAGAAAAUAUUUUGGAUACUGGCGAUAAAGGUUUCUAUAAUAAUGGCAAUGUGAAAACAAAGUUGGAGACAAGAGAUCAGGGAAAUGAGUUGUCAAUCAGGGAAAUCCCUGUUGAGGGUCCUGUUGAAAUGUCUAGAGAACAAGCUGAUCCAUUCAAUUCAUCAACUGUGGCUGUGGAUACUGAGGGGUCUCAUUUAGAAGCUGUUAGAAUCAUUCCUAUUACCGGAGGACUUGGACACAAUGAUUCUUUUGGUGGUCUAGAUGCAUCUCAAAGGGGUUCAUCUCAUCCAUUGGCAUGCAACUUGGAGAAGGCAAAAGGAUGGAUCUGGUCUCCAUUUCCAGAAAUUAGGAGGGAUUGCAUGAAGGAUCUCCAGGGAGGUUACUUGCCCAAAUUUGAAUCUAUUAGUAGCUACACACCAGAAUAUUUACCCUCAGCUUAUCAACUGAUCAUUGAGGAGGGCUCAAGGCUGCAUAUCCCUCUUGGUACUGAUGAUUAUAUUGUCUCAGACUAUGAGGGUGAACUUUCAAGCAUAAUCUCUUGUGCCCUGGCCUUGUUGAAGGACAGCCUGAAUCGAAUUACGUCAAUGCCUUCAUCUCAUUGGCAUUCAAAUGGUUCUGUGGAUUCAGAUGGAAGUGUUUCUUCCGAGGAGUCUCUCUUCUCCAGUUUUGAUGGAUUUAAUUUGUUGGAUUCUCUGGUUUCUUAUGGUGCUAUUCAUCCUGAGGUCUCUCUUGGAGUUGCAAAAUCACCUGGAAAGGGUAAAUAUUCAGUGGUUUGUUUAUAUGCCAACCAGUUCCGCAAUCUUCGAGAUCAGUGCUGUCCAUCUGAGCUUGAUUACAUUGCCUCCCUCAGCCGAUGUAGGAACUGGGAUGCCAAAGGUGGGAAAAGUAAAUCUUUCUUUGCUAAAACACUGGAUGACAGGUUUAUCAUAAAGGAAAUUAAGAAGACAGAAUUCGAAUCCUUUAUGAAGUUUGCUCCUGAUUAUUUUGCUUACAUGAAUCACUCCUUCACAUCGGGGAGCCAAACUUGCCUUGCCAAAAUUCUUGGGAUUUAUCAGGUAAUUAUUAGACAGACAAAGAGUGGGAAAGAGAUGAGACAUGAUCUGAUGGUGAUGGAGAAUCUUACUUUCUGUAGAAGCAUUACUCGCCAGUAUGAUCUCAAAGGUGCUUUACAUGCUCGAUACAAUUCAGCUGCUGAUGGUCCAGAAGAUGUUCUCUUGGACCAGAACUUUGUUAAUGACAUGAACACCUCUCCUGUGUACGUUAAUAGGAAAGCGAAGCGUGUCUUGCAGCGGGCAGUUUGGAAUGACACAACUUUCCUCAAUUCAAUUAAUGUCAUGGAUUAUUCUCUACUGGUGGGAGUGGAUACUCAGCGGCAUGAGCUUGUUUGUGGCAUUAUUGAUUAUCUCAGGCAGUACACAUGGGACAAGCAACUUGAGACAUGGGUCAAGUCUUCCCUUGUUGUCCCUAAGAAUGUUUUGCCAACCGUCAUCUCUCCAAAAGAGUACAAAAAGAGAUUCAGGAAGUUCAUGUCUACAUACUUUUUUAGUGUCCCAGAUCACUGGUGCUCACAAAGGUCUUCCAAUCCUUGUGAACUUUGUGGCAUCAGAGAGGACGAGUCUUCUUCUCAAUUGAAAGCCCAGAAGCAGGGGGAGCAAAAUGAUUUUUCAGCUUGAGUCUUGUUCAUUCAACUAUUCAGUGUUUUUUUUUUGUCUUUUCCCAGCGUUUAUUCAUUUUUUCUCGAGUUAGUUUACAAAUACUGUACAUAGCUGGUCAUCAUAGUUUAUAUAUAGCCCUGUUAUUCUGCGGUUUUUAGCGAAUUCCUGGGGAUAGUUUCUUUUCAAUAGGUCAUAUAUCAUGUCCAGGUUGAGUCAUACAUAAUAUAAUUUUUGUAAAGCUUAUCAAAUGUAGAAAGCCCACAAUGGUGAAGGACAGCUGUGAUUAUUUUGAUCAAUGAAAUUUGCAUUUAUAUGGUCAUGUUCAUCAA